AUGGACGGAGGCCAUUUUUCUUUGGGGAGGAUUCCUCGGGGUGUCCCGGUCCCUCGGUCCCUGUUUCACCGCCAUCUUAAGUCCUGGAUUUGGCUUCAAGCCGUCGGUGAGGCCGCUCAGAUCAUCUUGUGUUUGGGCGGCGGCUGCGUCUUCCCAACGUACGGGGAGACCCUGGGAAAGGGGAAGUAAGGCCGAAGCUUGAAUCCCCAAAGCAUCUGAAGGUGGGCUUGAGAGCCUGCUCCCUGUUUAGUCUGAGUUUCCUCAGCCAAGUACUACUCCACCAGUGACCCUGGACAGUAACAAAACUAAUAAAAGCCCGAACCCAACCCCUGCCACCAUCAUAGGUCUGUUAUUACUCUGGAAUCAGUAAGCCAUGGCGUCAAAGAAAUUUGCCGUUAAAUGUGGGAAUUUUGCUGUCCUGGUGGAUCUUCACAUACUGCCCCAGGGGUCAAACAAAGAUACCAGCUGGUUUUCUGAACAGAAGAAAGAGGAAGUCUGUUUACUUUUAAAAGAAACCAUUGAUUCAAGAGUUAAGGAGUACUUGGAAGUUCGUAAACAGCACAGGCCAUCAAAUACAGAAUUCACAAGAUCCAGUCCCUUGACCUUAAAAGGUUAUGGCUUUCAAAUCACAGCCUAUUUCCUCAAGAGAGGGGUACGCCUUCACUGUUUCAGGAGUUCAGAGAGUACUGAGCUCCGCAUAUUUCCUGACAGAUUUGUGGUCUGUGUAAGUCAGCUUUCAUUCAAUCGUGAUCUUUUGGCAAGUCAGAAUGAAGAAUUGGAGACGGAAGGAGCUCUCCACGGAGCGUCUGAUUAUUUUGCUGAGUGUGCGGAGACUGCACUUCCUCCCAGUGCAAAGCGCAGGAGAAAUGCUCUGAGAGAAAUUGUGAAAAGAACUGAAGCAAAAAGCAGCGUUGUGAGCAAAUCAUGGAGCAGCAGGGACAUUGUGGGAACAUCUAGCGACCCAGUGAUUGCGGAGAUAGCGAGGAGGAGGGGUGACAGCCGGGCUUCAGCCAGUCCCCCAUCAGAGUCCACAGGACAAGCAAAAGAUUACAUAAAGGCAGCUGAGAGCCACUGGGGGCUUCCUGUUCAAAAGCUGGAAAAUGUUCAUCAGACCCAGCCAGAAGACACUAGCAGCCAGCAAAAACCUCAUCUUGGGGAGUGGUUAGAGACAGGGCUUCUAAGCAGGAGCCUUGUCUGUAGCUGUGAGUCAGCAUCACCAGGUCCAAAACAAAGUCCACAAGGGGCCAGAACACAACAGAAACGCAGGAACCACGGCUCUGCGGAAGACGUCGACCACCACAAGAGAGUUUCUCUUGGAAGUGAUCGAUUAGUCCCAAGAGAAAUAAUAGUGGAAAAAAGCAAAACUGUCAGGGUUUUGCCAGCCUCAGAGCUGUCAGAUCCGGGGUUACUUUUGAAACAAGGUUUGGCAAAAACGGCAUCUAAUGAAGAGUUGCAUGUUUUGGAAAAUCUCUCCUCCGGACAUCUUACAAAAAAUAAGCCAGGGCAGGCACGGCAAACCGGCUCAGCCACAAACACUGAAAGAUUAUCUGCAAUCCGGGGCAGCCCAACCAAGAAAAGAAAGAAGUACGAAGGAGGCCACUAACUUACUAUUGGGGAUUACAAACCUGUAGUUGGGUAUAUAAUGGUUGAAGGUGGGGAAAGAGGGGUGUGUGUGUAGCUGCCCUGAUGUUAAAGGAAUUAGAAUGAUUAUUUUGUAUAGAAAAUAGAGCUCUGUUUGAGGGUUAGUUUUUAACCCAUUCAUCUCUAGGAGGCUAUGUGCUUUUUCUAACAUCGCUACUUUCUCAUCAUACUUUUGUAACUGUCUUCAGAGCCAUUCACCUUGUCAAGGAUGACCCCAUUCUUGAAGGAACUACAUGAAGAAACCAGUCAUGCUCCUUCAUGACUCAUCACUGUGCAGACCAUACAGUGGGCCACGUGAAGACAGUGCUGUAUCUAGGGGUACAGUUUCUCCUCCUGAGGAACAGGAGUCGGGCAGAAGUGAAGGAACAGGCAAGUGGUCCUCAACAUCUGGUUCUAGGCCCAGCAUCACUGUCUGAAAAUGUGUUAGAAAUGUAGACCUUGGGCCCCACCCCAGACUUACUGAAUGAGAAGCUCCGGGCAAUUCUGAAACAUGCUCAAGUUUGAGAACCACCGGACUAAUUGGAGACUCCCUAGUGUUUGUGUCCUCCAGCCUGGCUCCCAUGGCCUCCAUCUCAUCAGUCUGAGGUCCACAUGUGGACAGGCACCCCCUUAUGCCCCCUCAAACUUGUAAAACACCUGGGUUCGGCGUCUGAGCUGCUCAGUCCCCGGCUUCUCUACAGCACGGUGGCCACAGCACCCACAAAACUGUUACUUACCCUAAGAAGUGCUAGAAGUUUAUGGGUAAUUUGGCCCCGCAUUAGAGGAAGACAGUAGAGGGAGAGGCUUGCUCUCCCUUCUAGCCCAGGCGUGUCCCUGUCCCUGCCCUUGCCCCCACCUCUAAGAUUUUGGUUAGGUUCAGGAAGGAUUAGAACCCAAGGGGAACUCAGUGGCCAGAGUUUCCAGUUUCCCAGUUGGAAGGCGUCACAGGCAGUUUAAAUUUCAAAACAGGAGCCUUCCAUUUGCAGUAUCACCCACUAAUGUCUCCAGUGGGCUUGCUGAAAUGUCACAGAGUGAAUCAUUGCAAUGACUUAUUUUGGAUGGACACCUACUAAAGAUUUUCUUAACCCAAUUUCAUUCUAAAAUAGAGGAAAAACCAUAUUCAAAGGCCACCCAUCAAAUACAUCUUGUUUUCUGCUCAACAUUGUGUGGUCCUUUGAAGGAGCACCUCCCUAGUAACAAGGAAAGUCAAGUAUAUCCCCAGAGUGUCGGAGUUAGCAGAAAAAUAACCCAGAAGAAGCCCAACGAAAUAAAAGAAUAUGGAAAGAGACACAGUGUAGGUGGUUCAGAAUUUUUUAAAACUAAUUGUGGUUUGGUUUCUCCUAGCUCAUUCUAUACUUGCCUGUGACUCCUUUCCCACUUGUAGGAUAAGACUCCUUAAGAGGCAACCAUACUUCCUGACACCAUUUUGGGUCGUGAAGUUCCGUGUUGAUCACUACGCCUGGCUAUGAACAUAGAUGCUAUUCCUUUGAUGUUCCCCACGCUGCCUGGACACCUGUCCCCUUCUCAUGCUCCCAGCCUCACCACCCCCACCAGGAGCAUGGCCCUGCCCACCGGUGUCCUUUCCCCUUCCCACAGGGUUUUCCCUGCUCUUAGCUGAUUCCAGUCAAAGCAUUCUAUAGGAGAAGAGGGAGCCAGACAGAAUCCUAACCACAGUGGAGUGGAUUGUAUUCAUCCAGUCGGGGUAGACUGCACAGAAUGGAAAUGCCCCACUGUGGGCCCCCUCUCUUAGAGUCACAACUGUUCUAGGUGUGCUGUUCACUGCAGACAGGGGCAGAGUGUGUCACUGAACCUUCUUCAACAGAAUUCUUGGGACAGUUUAAACAGAGAGGGCCCAAAAUAAUAACCCGGGUGAUCAGCCAAGAAACAUUAAGCUCUCUGGAACGGAGUCUAGGAUAAAAAAGACAACCAUUUUAGAACAAUAGCUGCUGCUAACCCAGAACUAGAAUGUUUGAAAUGGAGGCACCAGAGAAAAGCUUUUAAUUGAAAAGUUUUUAUUUCAUUGGUUAAACGGGGCCUGCACAGUGGGUAAAGCCAAUCCUUGUGAUUUAAUGAUUUUCUCUCAAGAACAGCCUUGGCUUUAGAGUUUGGUAUAUUUGUGGAAAUAACAAUUACUGUGACCUCAAAGGGAAAAUAGCACCUUUGGUUGUAGAUUGAUAGGGUCUUUCUCACAGCCCGCAUGUACAUGGGAUUGUGACAGGAUUAACGGAGGGAACAACUCUCCGCUUCUGCACUGUGGCAUGUGUUUGAGGAAUUUUGCCUUUAAGCAUUUUCUUCCACAUGUCUGAAACGCCCCCGGAUCUCUUAUUACUUGAGUGGUUGUGUGAUUCUUUGGAUGUUUCAAAGUACAAAGGGGAAAAUGGCUGCCAGGUUUUAUUGUUGCUUAUUAGCUGGGAAAUGCAGUUCUCCACGACUGGGAGUGGUAUGUGUGUUGACAUUCUUAAUAAUCUUAUUAAUUCCGCAUCUGAAAAUCUGAGAGCCUGUCAAUAUUCUUAGUCAAAAAGAACAAGUUCUUCAACCACUUAACUUAAUAACCCAAACUCAAUUUAUAGUCAAGUCCCUGUAAUUCUGAUGCUUGGGAGAAAUGUGGAUCCAAUUCUGUUAAUGUUACAACUUUGAACUCCCUAACUUUCUCAGUGUCAUGGCUUCUAAGUCACAUUCAUGUGCUUUCAGAUGACUUUUUAAUAGAUUGAUGUUGAGUUUUGUGUUUUUGUUGUUGUUGUUUAAUGUUUGUAAACAAGAAAUGUCUGAGAACACUCAGAUUUUUCUUACACUUUUUUUCUUUGCCACUGGAGGUUAACUGUUGUCCAGAUAUGCAUAUAAACUGUUAAAUGCAAAGGAGCAACCAUUUGGGGAGAGAGGAGUGAGUGCUAUAGCUUUUUUGUUUAUUUAUGUUAAGUAAGAAAAAGUAUUUCAUUUUAUAAAAAGCCAAAGUCAUUAAAAACUCUGUAGUUUGACUUAUGGAGAAUAUAGCUUGUUUCUUAUCUCAGGAUUACAGUGGGAUGACAGUUAAUUGUUUGCUUCUGGUGUCAUGUUUGGAUUUUAGCAUGAAUGGUUGUGCAUCGCAUGGCCUUUGAUUUUAGCGAGAGCUUGGUGAGGGCAAAGCACGUAAGGGAAGGAAACCUCUGUGCCCAAGAGAAUGGCCUGGGAUCGCAGUGCUCCCAUUCCCAGUUUCCUUGAAUUCCUUUUUGGCAGGCCCCACUGUCCUAUUUCCACAGAAUUUUAGUGAGUGGCCUUCCUUUUGAGGUAACAAAUGCCUUUCCUCAGUAAGAGCCAGAAAUCCUCUCUUCAGCGUUCCAUGACUUGAAUAUGGAAAUCAUUUUAAUUUCUUCUUUUCUCUUAUGAGGAAAUUUCCAUGCUUGUUCUGUUCUGUUAAGACGAUAGAGUUCAUUCCUUGUUAUUGAAACACUAAUGAAUUGAAACACGGUGGAGCAAGUAAAAAAUCAAAAUUAAGCUGAUUUCUGUUAAGUAGUUUAAAACCUUCCUUAAGUAAAUUAAGAAUUAUAAAAUGAAGUUAAUGCAGAUAAUUACUCGGGACAGAAGUCUAACUAUAUAGAUCAUUGGUGUUACAUUUAAUGAUAUAAUUAAAUUCUCAGAAAUCUGCAGAACUUCUAGUUUGGUUUCUGUAUUUAUUUACAAGACAAGGAACGAUUAUAUGUCAAUGUGUGCACUUAACAGAGGGGACUUGAAUGGAUGAAAUUAUUACCUUUAAUUGUGGAGAACUACUCAAUACUGAACUUUAAUCACGUUCAAGUAAGUUUUAUUAUGCAGCAUAAUAUUACCAUGUAUUACUUUAUAAUUGCUGUUAGAAUUACUUAUCAAAAAUCUUGAUUCUUUAAUUAAAUAGGAAUCAUUAAAACCAUACAUAUGACCCCAAAGCAUCUGAUCAGGUGACCGUAGAUGUGGAUUUGACAGAACCCCAGAAUAAAUUUUAUUAGUUAAGUUAGAAAGCCAGACGCUGCAGUCAUCACCAGGAGAGUUCUUCUUUCCCAUCGCCUUUACCCUGUUGUUUGUUAUGUUUAAACUACUUAAAUAGUUUAAAUAGUUGAAUGUGUCGGAAAGCACAUGGGUCAAAGUAGUAUGUAGAGGAAACGAACCUGCUUUAUAAAUAAAAAGUAAAAUUGUUUAAAAAAAUUAAAUUAGUGUGUAUCACUUUUCUCCAAAGCAAGUGAGUUAGCCCCAAGGAAUAUACAUCCAAAAUGCCCUUUUCUGAACGUGCGAUUUAAAAUUGUAUUCUAUGAGAGACUUCUUCCUCCUUGAAGCAACCCUGAGGUUUUGAACACUAUGUUAAAAUAAUCCCAAGGAGCUCUGCUUCUGAGCAUUUAGGUCUGGAAAACCCUGUGUGGGGUGUUGUGAUUAAAUUGGCCCAUAAGAUCCUGGGGUGGUCUUUACAAUGCAGAAAUGUUUCCACUUCUCCCAGUUGUGAGCUAAGAGAGAUCCCUCUUGUGAGAGGUUAAAGUAUGCAACCUUGACUCCUUUCCAGAAAAAUCUUGCCAUUUCCCAAGUGGAUUCAUUUCCAUUUUCUAAGUGGAUCUAGUCCUUGUUCAUCACUGAAUAAAGUCCUGGGCCAACUCUUUGUCUAUACUGCCUUUUAUGACAGGAUCCCAGGCCCCUCUGAUUACUUGUAUAUGUAUCUCCCCCUCGGUUCUGUACAUAAUUUUUCAGAGGCAUUUCAAUACGAGGUUGGAAUAAUACAUUUGAAAAGCUGUUCACGAAAUGCCGAGAACCACUGCAAUCGUUGCGGCCACGCGCCUUUCUUUGUGGUUUGCUCCGGCCCGUGUGCUGGCUGGCCUGGCCCAAGGGAAGGCUGGCCUGCCCAGGGCCUGGGGUCUGGGCGAGACCCAGAGGCUGGAGAUGGCAUUGUGCUCCAGGCAACAAACCCCGGGUUCAGGCUGCGCUUUGGUUUGUGUGUUGUGGGACAAGUCACUUAACCUCCCGGGCCUCAGUUUCUUCCUUUGUCAAAUAAAAGUCUCUCUCCUAUUUUAAGUGCCAUGCUGAAGGUAAACAUACCACUCCCACGUGUUCAUUUCUGUAUCCAUUUAAAAAACAGGUUGUUCGUGCUGGCCACACUUUAGAAUUACCUGAGUAGCUUCUAGUUAAAUCAGAAUCCUUGAAAUUUGGCCUGCGUAUCAGCAGUUUUAAAAGCUCCACAAAUACUUAUUCUAAUGAGAAGCCGUAGUUAAAAAUUGUUUUAAAAUAGAGGGUGUGUGUGUGUGUGUUUAGAUAGUGGAUAUUAAAAGAGGCAGGGUAUGCUCAGAGCUGAGUGUCCUUUAUAAGAGGGGCGUGCAAGUCAAGAGUGUGCCUACUUUCGAAUGAAUGAGAAACGCUUUGGUGACAAGGUGUCAAUAGGCAUACGUUUUAAUCACACCAAGAGAUGUGUUUUGUUCUC